UACAAAUAAAGCACAAAAGGAAAAGCGAAAAAGAAAAAUAAAAACAUCUUCGUUCUUGAAUCUCUCUGUUUUUCCCACGCUCUCACUUUACUUUCAGAUCUUCCCUUCCAUUGAUCUCUACGAAAUUCAGGGCGAGGUCUGAUCUGUAGAUAGCGGAGGGCUCUAAUGGCGGGAGGUGUGAGCCGGAAGAUAUCGGCAGCAUCGGCCAGAGCUCAUACGAGAAGAGCUAAGAAGAGCAGUUCUUCCCCGAUUUCUUCAGGACUGCUGAGGAAUAUAGCAGUUCUGCUCUUUUUUGGAUUUUUGGCCUGGGGUUAUCAGGCAAUCCAGCCUCCUGCACCCAAAAUAUGUGGUUCUCCCGAGGGUCCUCCUAUCACAGCACCAAGAAUAAAACUUAGAGAUGGUAGGUAUUUGGCGUACAAGGAGCAAGGGGUCCCAAAAGAUUCGGCUAAAUACAAAAUUAUCUAUGUCCAUAGCUUUCGUUCUUGCAGACACGAUGUCGCUAUUGCAAAUACCAUCUCUCCGGACAUAAUUGAUAACUUGGGAAUCUACAUUCUAUCAUUUGACAAAUCUGGUUAUGGAGAAAGUGAUCCAAAUCCAAAUCGUACUCCAAAAACCAUUGCUUAUGAUAUAGAGGAGCUAGCUGAUCAAUUGGAGCUAGGAUCCAAAUUCUAUGUUGUUGGAUUUUCCAUGGGUGGCCAAGCAGUUUGGAGCUGUCUAAAAUAUAUUCCUAAUAGGCUAGCAGGAGCAGCACUAUUAGCGCCAGUUGUUAACUACUGGUGGCCUGGAUUCCCUGCAAACUUAACGAAUGAAGCCUUCUACCAACAGUUUCGGCAGGAUCAGUGGACAGUUCGUGUUGCUCAUUACACCCCCUGGCUUACCUACUGGUGGAAUACACAAAAAUGGUUUCCUUCUUCUAGUGUUGUUGCUGCUAAUCCUGAAAUUCUAUCUCGUCAAGACAAAGAACUCUUGUCCAAGAAAGUGGGAAGGAAUGAGUGUGAGCUUAUAUUUAGCCAACAAGGAGAAUACGAGUCCAUUCACAAGGAUGCGAACGUUGGAUUUGGGAAGUGGGAAUUUAGUCCUCUGGAUCUUGAAAACCCAUUCCCAGGUAAUGAAGGUUCUGUCCAUUUAUGGCAUGGAGAUGAAGACAAGAUCGUUCCUGUCACUCUCCUACGUUACAUUGCCAAACAGCUUCCGUGGAUUCAUUAUCACGAGAUAGCAGGUGCUGGUCAUAGCUUUCCCUAUGCUGAUGGCAUGUCUGAAUCCAUCAUUAAAACCCUUCUCCUUAACCACAAAUAAGGGUUUUUAUUACCAUCUUCUAUUCUUCUAGGUUGGUGUUCCUUCGUUACUCCAUUUAUGUCUCUCUUCCUUGCUACAUUAUAUUUAUAACUUUGUCUUCAUUUGGCUGUUUGAAGUUUUACCUCAUUUUGAUAGCACAAUUAUUUAUUUUUGAUUUCA